AUGGCCGCUUCGCUCCAUCCCUUCCCCUCUCUGCCUGCCCAAGACGGUGGUACUCCAUCCUGGCAGCGCCAAGCAGAUCCUUUCCAAGACACACAGCAGGCCCUCACAGUCCCAUUGGCUGACCUUUGCCUGCGUACCUUCCUUGCCAGGCAGAUUCAGCACCCACCUGCUCGUCCUAAUACCGGCAUGCCAGAGAUGCUUUUUGACGCUUCCCAAGAGCCAGCUCGCCAGGGCUCCAUGCAAGCGGCUCUUCCAGCCUGGGAUCGAAUGCUUGCCUCGUACCCAGACCAGCGUGUAGCUCAGAAUCUCCUUGGCGCCAUCAAGCACGGCAUCUUGGUGGGCUAUUCAGGCCCAUUGCAACAGUGUGGGCGUUUCGAAAGCAUAAAAAACCUUCCCAUGGAUCAAGCAGGCCGUCAACAUGUUGACGCAGAGAUCCAGCUCCGGGUAGCCGAGGGCAGGCUCCAAGAAGUGGACGCGCAUCAGCGCCAGCUGGUCUGUUCACCAAUUGGUACGGUUCCAAAGCCGCGCUCAACCAAGCUUCGCACCAUUCACCACCUUUCCCACCCGAGACGUCCUCUCUCCGGCCAGCUCCAUUCGGUCAACGACGGAAUCAACCCAGCCUUCACACGCAUCAAGUACGCUAGUCUCUUGCCACUCAUAGAGUACAUUCGAGAUAAUGUUGGUUGCCUGCUUUGGAAGAGUGACCUAGUCGACGCAUUCCGACACAUAGUUGUCAGCAAUGGCGAUGCACGACUACUGGGUUUCAAAUUCAACAAUCGAUACUUCAUGGAGACUAGCCUCACCUUUGGCGGACGAAGUUCCCCAUGGCUCUUCAAUCUUUUCGCCGAGAUGGUUCAUUGGCUUGUCAGCACGACCACAACACAUCUAGUGGAACACUAUCUUGACGAUUUCUUUGGAGCAGUCCCAUCAGACGACAAUCCUGGAGCGCCGCUCCACAGCUUGGCUCUCGCGUGCGCCGCACUUGGCUUGCAGCCGUCCCCAGCAAAGACUUUCAGCGGGGUUACGAGGCUGGAAGUCUUGGAGAUUGAGCUCGACACCAUGCAGCAAACGGUAGGCAUCACAGCCGAGCGUAAGGAGCGGAUCUUAGCAGCAAUCGAUCAUUUGCUGUCGCGACGCUCAGCUACGCUCUUGGACUGGCAGCGGAUCGCCGGUCUGCUUCAAUUUGUGUCGCAGGUCAUCCCGCAUGCAAAAGCAUACCUGCGAAGGCUCUAUGACGCUGUCAGGCGGGCGCACCAGCACCCACAGCAGCGAAGACGACUAUCUGGCCCAGCGGUAGCCGAGCUUCGUUGGUGGCGUUCCACCUUGUCCAGCUGGACCGGUCACACAAUGCUCCAACCGUCACCGCUAGUUGUCAAGCAUAUCUGGACAGAUGCGUCCAAGCGAGCGUAUGGUGGACACCUUGGAACCAUGAAUGAUCCAUGUUCAGUGUACUCCAAGGAAGUCAGCCGUCGCCACAGAGCCAAAGACAUCCGCUUCCUGGAAGCUUUAGCGGUGUUGGACGCUCUGCGCAUCUUCAGCCAGACGUGGUCCGGCCCCUGCCUUGUGGUGCUGCACGUGGACAACACCAAUGUCGAAUACGGCCUUCGAUCAGGACGCUCAAGGGAUCCAUUGACACAGACACUGCUUCGGGCGGUCUUUGAGCUGUUUCCCAAAAGCGCACGCCUUGCUCUUCCCCCGCCAGGCCGUAGCGUCCAGCAUGCCAGCCCGCCACCCCACUUUGUCACCGCCACUGGGUGCUCCACAGCCGCGGCCAAGCUUAUCUGGCACGGCCUCGCAGCGUCAACCCGUAGCCGUGGUGCAGAGUCGGUCAACCGCUACCAAACCUUCGUCCUUCGCCGGUUUGGACCCAGCUGCCAAGCCGUUCCAGCCUCAGGUCUCCUCCUUGUCGAAUGGGUUGCAGACAUGGCCAGCACGCGCUCCUAUCACAGCAUCAAGCAUGAGCUCCACGCUUUGCAGUCGUGGCACAUUGAUCUCGGAUUUGACACUGGGGGGUUUGCAUGCGGCCGCCUGGAGCGAGCCAUUCGAGGCGUCAAACGCAUCUUUGGCCUCAAGCCAGCAACGGCAAAGCUACCCAUCACCCUGCCGCUCCUUCGCGCCAUCCUGCAACAGCUCAGGUCUAUCCACUCCCUCAGCGCUUGGAAUCGGCAAGUUGUCUCAGCCGCUUUUGCGGUGUCCUUUGCCUGUUUCCUCCGUUGCGGCGAAGUCACUUGGACCAGCCUCGACCACUCUGUCACCACCAUUGGCGCCAUCACCUGGUACGAGGAGUACGCCAUCCUCGUCCUCCCAGCAUCAAAGACCGACCCGUUCAGGCUCGGCGCGCCGCUGGUCCUGCCAAAGGUUGGCGGCAUCGAAUGUCCCUACGCCGCGCUCAAGUCCAUUUGUCCAGCGCAACGCCCAGCAGCAGCCCCAGUCUUUGGAAUCAAUGACGGUUUCCAGCCACUCACCCGCUCGUUCUUUCUCAGCAUCCUGCGCCUGGCGCUGGAUCGGCUUGGCCUCCAGCCUUCCCACUACGCCGGUCACUCAUUCCGACGUGGCGCGGCUACUUGGGCAGCAUCGGCCGGCAUCGACAGCAGCACCAUCCAGCUGCUUGGACGAUGGUCUUCCGAUUGCUACCGCCGCUACAUCGAUCGAUCGGCCGUGGAGCGUCGCUCCAUGGUCGCUUCCGCCCUCUUCUCCGUCCGAGACGGUCCACUCGUCCCAGCCAGUGUUUCCUGGCGAGAUCCUGUGCUCUGA